AUGCUCCACCCUUUUUUAGACAUCGAAGAUGCCUUGGUGUCCGAAGACAAUCCCGCCAGUGAAGGCAUGUUCGAUUUCGAGCGAUGCGCGAAGUUACAUAACUAUCUUGUCGCCCUUGGCUGGAUGGCAGCGCAUCAGAAGAAGGCCGAGGAUUUGGAUGAGUUAUUAACGCGACCAUCUUUCUUCGAGGUAUAUGCCGACAACAACGUCGAAAUACUUGAUAACAAGCUUGAUGAUUCCAUGGUAUCAUUUCUCGGAUCUGUCAUCAUACCUGAUUUUAGUCGUGGGGAUCUGGGUUUCUUCUACUGGGUCUCAAGUCUUGUAGAGCCCAAAGAAAUGCUCGUCACAGACACAACUCUUUUAGAGUAUGAAGGAGAUGAGACUGAAGACGGCCGUCCGCUCUUCCUCCUACUUUAUGAUACGGCAACAGGCAGCCACUCAUUUGGAGUCAUCUAUGACCAGCAGCGCCACCGUGUUGCAUUCCCUAUGUAUCUUGAGGAUACCGAUUUCGUGCUCCCUGUGGAGGAACAUCCAGAAAUGUGGCAUCCGCUGGAGACGAUGCUAACCAAAUGGAUCAAGCUAAUUCAUAUCGGCAAGGUGACUCUAUCUGAAACACCUGACACUGACUGGAUCUGGCAGCCGUAUAGUGCUGCACAGGUUGACAGCGCCGUGCUGGCAUUCGACCGCCUUACCGCUGCAAUUGAAGCUCGGAUGUCUGAUGCUUCUUUACUCUCUAUCGACGGUGACAAGCCUCUAUUUACUGAGGUAGAGCUAGAUACUGCAUCUGUGCCUAAAAGCUGCUUUAUUCGCUCCGUUCUCACGCGAGUAAGAACCCCACGCUUUAUAACUAUCGCACCUGGUCUCAAAGUCCCGCAUGACGCCGCUAUAUUUGCCGUUAAUCAAAAGUUUAUUGCUAUACAACGUAGGGUUGACCGAUACAGGCCUGGCACAAUGAUUCCCCCGGUUCUUAUCUUCGGUCCAGCUGAUCCUAACCAGACAAUCAAUAUUGAUAAAAGCGAAAGAUACAUGGCCCUAAACCCUUUUGAACACAUGGGCCUGGUUAUUCCGUUUGGGGACCACUCAACGCCCGCUGGCUUGUAUAGCGAGGCAGUGGAGCAGGGAUCUUACUACGCUACUAAUGAGGAGGGCAUCUGGCUACUACUCCCCUUUCCGCUACGGGUAGAUGACUGGUCUGAGCAAGGAGCCCGGACAGGCGAUCGCAAUAUGGUUAAGAGAGGAACUAUAUCCGGUUUAUUCCAACAGGGCUUUCAGCCAUUUGGAGGCGAGCAUCACCCACAGAGCCUAGAGCGGCUGCUCGAUAAAUGGAGGGAGCUAGUCGAGACCGGGAUUUGGACUGUGGGUGAUUCUGGUGUAGAGGGAGGCAUUGAUACAUUUAGAGAUGCUGAUACCGGCGCAUGGAAAGACUAUCUGAUUCCCUCAGAACUAUGA